AUGGUCAAGGUUCUUGCUGUUCUCUACGACGGUGGCCAACACGCCAAGGAUGUCCCCGGCCUUCUCGGUACCACUGAGAACGAGCUCGGCAUCCGCAAGUGGCUCGAGGACCAGGGUCACACCCUCGUCACCACCUCCGACAAGGACCGUGAGGGUUCCAAGUUCGACGAGGAGCUCGUCGAUGCUGAGAUCAUCAUCACCACUCCCUUCCACCCCGGUUACCUGACCGCCGAGCGCCUGGCCAAGGCCAAGAAGCUCAAGCUCGCUGUUACCGCUGGUAUCGGCUCUGACCAUGUCGACCUCAACGCCGCCAACAAGACCAACGGUGGUAUCACCGUCGCCGAGGUCACUGGCUCCAACGUCGUCUCCGUCGCUGAGCACGUUCUCAUGACCAUCCUGGUCCUCAUCCGAAACUUCGUUCCCGCCCACGAGCAGAUUGAGCGUGGUGAGUGGGAUGUCGCCGCUGCUGCCAAGCAGGAGUACGACCUCGAGGGCAAGGUUGUCGGUACCGUCGCCGUCGGCCGCAUUGGUGAGCGUGUCCUCCGCCGUCUCAAGCCCUUCGACUGCAAGGAGCUCCUCUACUACGACUACCAGCCCCUGUCUCCUGAGAAGGAGAAGGAGAUUGGCUGCCGCCGUGUCGACACCCUCGAGGAGCUCCUCGCUCAGUGCGAUAUUGUCACCAUCAACUGCCCUCUCCACGAGAAGACCAAGGGUCUCUUCAACAAGGACCUCAUCGCCAAGAUGAAGAAGGGUUCUUACCUCAUCAACACUGCCCGUGGCGCCAUCGUUGUCAAGGAGGACGUCGCCGCCGCCCUCAAGUCUGGCCACCUCGCCGGCUACGGUGGUGAUGUCUGGUUCCCCCAGCCUGCCCCUGCCGACCACGUUCUCCGAACUGCCAAGAACCCCUUCGGCGGCGGCAACGCCAUGGUCCCCCACAUGUCGGGUACCUCCCUGGACGCCCAGAAGCGCUACGCCGACGGCACCAAGGCCAUCAUCGAGAGCUACCUCUCUGGCAAGUUCGACUACCGCCCCGAGGACCUCAUCGUCCACGGCGGUGACUACGCCACCAAGGCCUACGGCCAGCGUGAGAAGAAGUAA